UUGUUUAGGUAACUUGGCACUUGCUAAAUGCUAAUAGAGUGCUGGUGCUGGACGUUGGUCAGUGGUCACUGGGACUGGAAUUUCGGAACUAGUUACUCGUCUAAAUUUUAAUUCUAAAACUAAAUUCUAAAUAUUCGUAAAACUAGAAAGUUGUUAAGUGCAAUUAAGACAUGAAGUAAGAUUAAUGUUAAAAGUAGAUUCGUGACUUAAACUAUAACCGAUUUGAAUAAGUAUUUUGUUAAACAACUAACAAUCAUAACUCAAGAUUAAUUUUUUCUAGAUUUCUGAAACUGUCUUGAGAGAUGGAUCCUGUUCCUAAGGCUUCUUCUACAGUGCUUAAACCCCAACGUAAUCGUCUUUUAGAAAACUAUAAUAUAAGUCAGAAUGCAAACGAUACUUUUGGAACAAUGUAUUUGGAUGAACUAACUGGUAAUGAUUUGAUAAAAAAAUCCUUAACUGAUGAAACAAAUAGAAAAAAUUCUUUAAAAAUGGAUAGCUUGUAUUCUUCACUAAGUGGACAGUCCUCUUUGGGCAUUUUUGAACUCGAUAAUAUGUCUGAUAUCGUGCAAAAUUUUAAAAAAGAAGACUAUCCACAUAAUAUUGAGUCUGAACAACCUACUCUACAACGUCGGUCGAGUCAAAACUUACAAGCUAGGUUGACACUUGCUAGAUCAAGCAAGAUAAACAGUAUUGCCAAUGACAAAAGUUCACGUCUAUCACUGUCAAAUAAGACUAAUGUAUUUAAAGAUAUGUCAAUGCAAGGUAUUAAUAAUUAUAGCAGUUCAUUCUCAAGUGAUGACUUCAUACCAGGUAGUGAAUUUAAAGAAAAUUUAGCUGAAAUUGAAGAAGUUAAUCGAAAAGAGUAUGGGUCAUUAUCUGAGAGCCGGUUCAAUUUUACAUUAGAAGGAGAGAUGCAAUCACUUGAGAAUGGAUCAUUCGCUGCUAAAUAUUUUGCUGCUAAAAGUGUUCCAGUAGAAGAAUUGUCAGCAAUUUUUCCAAAAAAAAUAACUAAUGAGUCUUUUUCUAAUGGAUUACAACAAGAACAACAUACAUUUUUAAAAAACAAUACUCAAAAUAAAAGUCAUAAUGAACAAAUAUCUAUGGGAUAUAAAACCAUGUCUUCAGUAACAUCAUGGACUGAUACCCACGUAUCUCGUAAUUUUAUGAAUAUGACAAGCCUAUCUGAAAUAUCAGAAAUGUUAAGUAACAAAAUAGACGAUGAAAAAAAAAUGAAUCUAACCAAGGCACUAUUAGCAGGAGAUUCUCGCGAAAAUACACAAAUGGACAAAUCUAUUAGAUUACCUCAGAGACGACUUUCUACUUCCACUAGAUUUUCUAAUAUAUCACAAAAUCUUGAGCAUGCAGAUCUAUGUAAACCUUUUUCUACAUUGGAACACAGUAGAUUUGGUUCUCCUGAAAAAAAGUUUUCCAGAAUGGAAAAUAAUAUAGUUGAUAGUCCUCUUAAAUAUCAGAAGAAUUUAGUGCCAUCCAAACUGGGUUUCUUUGAUUCUCAUAGAGACAUUGAAAAUCAUGACUUGUAUAAUGAUAAUGGUCAUAGUAACAAAAAAAAAUCAACGAAAAAUAUUGUUGACAGUUUGGGUUGUAUUGAAAAUACUAGUAUAUCUUAUACUUCAAGCAUAUAUAAUGACGAGGAAAAGAAAAUUAUUAAGAAUGAAUGUUGUCGUUUUACUUUAUCACCUAUAAGUGGAUUUUUUGAAGACUGCGCUUAUAAACCAAAAAUAUUUGAAAAUUCAGUCGAUCUUACAAAGUUUUCAGUUUUAAGUACUAGUAAUGAAGAAUACAAAGAUAAUAUUUCUUUAAAUAAGUCUGCAAAUAUAUCAAAAAUAGUUCAUUGUUAUGAGGCAUUAUAUCAAGAGAAAUGUAAUAAAACAAAUCAACAAGAUUUUAAUGUGAUUUCCAAUGUUCUUGAUAUUGGUGAUGUAUGUAUUGGCACAUAUUCUCAAGCUGUAAUAACAUUAGAAAAUAGAUUAUCCAGAAAUACAAGCUACACACUACAUUUGAUGGAAGUAUUAGUUAAUAGUCCAAUAAAUUCUUCAUUUUUAGAAAAUGAAAUGACUAAUACAAAUACAAAAAUUGCUACUGUUCUGUGUUCAAAAAAAACUAUUAUCAUUUCUUCAUUAUCAGAAGCUCAAUUUAUAAUAGGUGUUAUUCCUUUGGUGUCUGGAAAAAUAAAUGUUAAAGUAAAACUUAUUAGUGAGGAUAAUUCACAAGAAAUCUAUAGAAAUUUACAAAUUCAGUCAGCAGAACCUCAAGUAUCAUGGUUGAACAAUUAUUAUGGUUCCAUAGACUUUGGGAUGGUACCAGAAAUGUCUAAAAAGUCUGUAUCUAUUGAACUGAUGAAUAACGGAAAGUACCAAGUCCCAAUCAAAUUUAUUCUUAGCCAGGAGGACUGCAAUGAUGUUAUUCAAGCCAAGGCUAUCAUUGAGCCAUCUGAAUUAUGGCAGUGCAAUGUAAAUUUUAUAACGUCUGAUUUUUCAUUUACAAACAAUACAACAAAAUUAAUCACAAGUCGGCUUAGAGUCGUAUUAGACUCUGUGGAAGAAUUAUCAAAAAAUUAUUCUCCAUUGCUAUAUUCUUCCAAUCUUUCUGGCCGUAUGGGCUUGACAUCUAUAUCAUUUGAUCAGAAUCCGUUGAUCUUAAAAAAGCAAGGACAAACUACAUUUAGAGGUGUUGUAGAAGUACAAAAUAACAGUGUUCAGGCAAUCAAUGUGUUGGUGAAGAAAAGUAAAGAAAAAUGUUCAGACCUAAUUGUCCAACCAAAUAAACUAGAAUUAACUGUAAACAAAAAAGGAAAAAUACAUAUUUUCUGUAAAUUUUCGAAACUACCCUACAAUCAUAUUGAGGAAGAUUUACUAUUUCAAGUUGAGUCCUCAAAAAAACAAUUUGUUUUACACAUCAAAAUAGAACAAAACGAACCUAGUUUUAAUAUUCCGGAACUUUCUCUAUCAAAUGUUCCAUCUUCUCGUCCUAUAUCUCCAUGGAGUACAAGUUCAUCUAGUGCGAUUGGUCAACUAGAAUUAGAAUCUACAUGUUCGAGUCUUAUUUGGGGUAGUGUGCCUCCUAAUACAAAAUCUGUACAAACGUUUACAUUACGUAAUCGUGGGGCACACAAGGAAAAGUUACGUUUGUUUAUUAAGGACAACAAAAACUGUUUUAAACUAAUAUCAUCUGGCGAAAACCAAGUAUCAGAAAUUAAAUUAUUGUUGGAAUCCAUGGAAAGUCAAAAAAUUAGCGUGGUACUUGUAUCUACUUCAAAUGAAGGUGAAGCUUUUGGGCAAGUUGUUGUACAUAGACAACAUGGUAGUGAUUGUGAUAAACGUGUAAUCCCUUUGUAUGGGUAUUGUGGAUAUUCUGAUAUUAUUGUCCAAGGUGUAUUUGAAGAUACUAUGGGACAUAUGUGGCUCAAUCCUAACCCACAACUCCUUUCAGCUCAAUUUACUCUAACAAACUCGGGAAAUACCACUGCAUUUGUAAAAAUUAUUCAGGGAAGUUCAGUGGAAGAUGUAAUUCAGCCAAAUGAGUUUAUGUUAAAAAAAGGUGAAACUACUACUAUACAUAUUUCAAUAGUAAUGAAUCCAGAAAGGCUUGAAAUUUUGCUCGAUCAUGACGAUAAUUCAAAAAUUAUAAAUAUUAACAACUUGUCUCUUGUUUAUGGAGAUGAAGUAUCUCGUAUUCGAAUAUCAAGGAUUUGGCAACGAAUUAAAAAAAGUAAGAAAACUGUGAUGUAUCCUGAUAAACAACGUUUAGAUGAAAUAUCAAAUUUAUUUGAUGGUGAAAACAUUGUUAAUGUACAUCAUAUGGUAGAUCCUGAGAAUUCAUUAUUCAAAUUGUGGAAAAUGGGCGUAAAUGAGGUUUCUAUUGGUAUUCUUAUGGAAAGAACUUGUUUAGAAUCAUUGCUUUGUGAAACAACAACAGUAUUUAAUGACCUGGACACAACUGUGAUAAACAGAAUGCCAUUAUAAAAGCUGAUUAAACAAUUUGUUCGUUUUAAAUAUUUUUAUUUGUUUAAUAAUUAUUUUUAUAUUUUAUUUUAACGUGUAAAUUGUACUUACUAAAUAUAACAUUUUAUUGAUAUGUAACACCUAUUUUUAUUAAAAUAGGUGUUAAAAAUAUUUUUUGAUCUCUAUUGUUUAAUUUUAGUUUUAUACAAAAUAUACAAACAUGUUAUAAAUUAUCAAAAAGAAGCCAGAAAUAUUUUUU